GCCGUACCAAUUAAGCCUCCCUAAACGCAGCGUUUUAAGUAUUUUGAGAUUUUUGACUAAACGCAGCGGUUUUUGAAACUGUAGCAUCAACCACUUCUCCGGCGACUUGACCGGAGAUUCUCAAUUUCAAACGAGGCAGGCCUUUGGGAGCGAAGAAGAUUCUCUAAAACUUCUGAGAGUGGAGGGGAAAUGGGAAUAAAAAUUGUAGGCGAAAUCGAGAAAAUUGAUGGUAAAGAGCUGAGUUACGGGGAUUUUGCAGAGAGAUACUUGGCCGAGAACCAGCCGGUGGUAAUCUCCGAUCUCACUGACGAUUGGCGAGCUCGGGAAGAUUGGGUCACCGAGAAUGGACUCCCUAAUCUCCACUUCUUUGCCACCCACUUCGGAAAUUCCAGAGUUCAGGUUGCAGAUUGUGAUACGAGAGAAUAUUCAGAUCAGAAAAGACUAGAAAUGUCUGUUAUGGAAUUUGUCCAACAGUGGACGAAUGAUUCUAUUGAGGACAAAAGAAAAGAUUGUGACGAUGGAAAGUCUGUUUUGUAUCUGAAAGACUGGCACUUUGUCAAGGAGUAUCCAGACUAUACGGCUUACCAAACGCCACGGCUGUUUUGUGAUGACUGGCUGAACAUGUAUCUUGACAAUUACCAUAUCCACGAGAAUAGAGAUAGUUCUCAGAAGUACGAUCAAAUAAGCUGCUCUGAUUAUCGCUUUGUUUAUAUGGGUGGAAAAGGAUCUUGGACACCUCUACACGCUGAUGUGUUUAGAUCUUAUAGUUGGUCAGCUAACGUAUGUGGUAAAAAGAGAUGGCUUUUUCUCCCUCCUUCUCAAAGUCAUCUUGUUUAUGACAGGCAAGCGUACCUGAAUAAUUGCGUCUACAACAUCUUUGAAGGGGUGAAUGAAACUAAAUUCCCAGGUUUUAAGGAGACUACUUGGCUUGAGUGCAUUCAAGAACCUGGUGAAAUUAUCUUUGUUCCCAGUGGAUGGCACCAUCAAGUAUAUAACUUGGAAGACACAAUAUCUAUAAACCACAAUUGGCUCAACGCAUACAACCUAUCUUGGGUGUGGGAUCUACUGUGGAGGGACUACAAGGACACUGAAGAGUCCAUAGAAGACAUAAGAGACAUCUCUGAUGAUUUUGAAGCUCUCUGCCAGCGUAAUCUUGCUGCCAACACAGGAAUGAAUUUGAAUGACUUCUUCAUCUUCAUGUCACGGUUCUCUUUGGGCAACAUGGUUUUACUGCAGUAUUACUCUGGCAAACAAGAAACCCUGAGUCCAUGUUCAUCAGCAGUGGCACAGAAUCUGGUAUUGAAUCUCUCGACUAUCCAGAAAACCAUGAUGAUGAUGAUAUCUGCAGGCGGCGUAACUGCAACGGAUGUGUACCUGGACUUGAGAGAAACACUGGAAGAUGAUCUACAGUUUCUCAGACUGUGCAGAGACAUGGGAAGAACAUAUGCAAUGAUUCACAAGGAAGAAGAAAAUCAGGUUCUCUUUUCGAAAGAGUUAUUACCAAAGAUGACAGGCUUUGCAGAUCAAAAGAGGCAAAUAUGUUCUCCAAAAGAUCUUGUUGAAAUGAUAGACCAUUAUAUUACUUGUUCAUCCCAUCUCUUAGCAUGAACAUAUAUGUGCUAUUUUAUUGAUCUUAUUGGAUUUUUCUAUUUUACAUAUAAAUCGAUUUUUUUUUAAUGUCGUAAACAUUCCGUGGAAAUUCUCUUUCUAUAUAUAGAAAUGAAAUGACGAGUCUUCAUUUGCUUCUGUUGA